AUGUCAAAAGCAUUUAAUGUUCUGGGUGCUAAAAUGGGAGCCGUAAGGUCACUUCACUUCUCUGAAGACGGUCGUUAUUUAGCAAUGGCAGAACCGGAUGAUUUCGUGCACAUAUUUGACGCGCAUACUUUCGAACGAUCUCAAGUGAUCGACUUGUUUGGAGAAAUUGCAGGCGUCUCCUUUACGCCAGAUACCGAUGGGUUAUAUAUAGCAAAUGCUGAUGAAAAUUAUGG